CGUGAGUGGCGGUGAAUUUGACAGUUGACUAGACGGGAAGAUAUUAAUUAAUGAUUAAAACUGGCUUCGCACUGUUUGCUCGACAGGAAGGCAUAGAAAAAUUAGCGUCUCAAGGAAAAAGGUACCCCAUAUAUAGCGCUUGAGGAAGAUGUCAUCUGUGGGAGAUCAGGACAGUAUCCCAGCCCUGCCGUCAGAUUCCCCAGGCAGCUCCGUGUCUUCUCACUUCCAGGAGGAGUAUGAUGAAUUGCUCAAGUAUGCUGUUGUGAUGCCCAAUUAUAACCCUCACACCCUGGCUGGGACAUCUGAGGAUCAAGGGACAUCUCAGCCUCAGCCUAGACCCCAGACACAGGCUCCGCCCCAGCUCCAACCCCAACCCCAGGCCCCACCCCAGUUCCUGGACACCAUCAUAACAAUCAGCUCCCAAGCUGAUGCUUUCCAGGACAGAAGCCAUGACUCCCAAGCUACAGAUACACUAGUAGAUGUGAGUCAAGGGUCCAGCGCUCAGAGAGUGGGCAGUGCUCAGAAGAGCCCAGUCAUGAGGGACAUCUUCCCUGAACUGACAGAUGACGAUGUUUAUACUAGACCAGAGAGCCUCAGUGCAGAGCAAGAUAGAAUUCAUGACAGUCGGCACAGUGCACAGCAGGGAAAGUCCAACACCUCCCACUCCAGACAAUACUACAGUCCCCAUCUGGGUCACUCUGUUAGCACCGAUUCUGAUGUGCCAGAAGAUGUCAGACAUGUGGUUUUCUCAGCCACCAUUGAUCCAGAUCUCAACCGAAUGGAGAACCUGCUAGAUCAGUGGUGUACAGAUUUGAAGAGAAAUGUUUUGGCUGAAUAUGGGCAGUCCAAGAUACAGUUAGUGGAGAUCAACCGCAUUGCGUUACAAAAAGAGAAAGAAAGGCAUGCCGCUGAUCUGGAGAAGGUGAAGAAUGACAUGGAGAACCUGAAGGAGUUGUUGCACACAUACGAGCAGUCUGUGGAAAGGAAAGACCAAGUCAUUGCCAACUUGACAAAUGCUCUUCAGAAAAACAGAGAAAAGAUGGAAAUGAUGAAGAAAUUUAAUGAGUGGAAACUGAGGCUCAGUGAUUCUGGCAGAGAGGCAUUUGCUAGUAAUCUGGCCAAGUUGCAUUACCAGAGGAAGUUGUGUCAGAAGGUUUGGGCGGGCUGGCACUCUGUCAUAGAGUCCAGCUGGAAGCAGAGGGUGGAAAAGGCGUGUCAAGCCAAAGCCCAGGAAGUCUGCCUCAACCUCACAAAUGAGUACGAAGCUCGUAUAGCUGCGUUAAGUGAGGCUUUAGAGGCAGCCAGGGCUGAGGUAACCCAACUUCACAAGGAGAGAGAUCGCUUUGAGGAGCAGAUGAAGAAAGCGUUCAUGCGAGGUGUGUGCGCUCUUAAUGUGGAAGCCAUGACCAUAUUCCAGGGUGGCGAAGAAGACUCACAAAAUGGAGUGGAUGAGGCUAGCCCUACUGAGGACAUAUCGUGUAACUUUGAGAGCAGUUUACCUUGUAAGGAUUAUGGCCAUCAGAAGUCCAUUCCCAAAGAGCCAGCACCCAGACCAGACAGGGAGGUGCCCCAGCGCAGUAAACCCCCACCCAGAAGCACAGGGGUGACCUCACAGACAACAACAGCCAGAUCAACAGUGAGUGUACAGUGA